GAGUCUUCGGGUUACAAUCCAGGGCGGAGGUACAUCGAUUUCGCAAUUCCGUGACACUGUUUCAGAACCGCUGCCUUCCCUUCUCUGAGCUAUGUUUCUUGUUCGUCGGCCAGCCACAACUUCAUCCUUUUGAUCAGCGAGAGGCCCCCCAGCUCCAUUCUUCACCGGCCAGUGUAGUUCCUCCGUUGGAGAUUUGUAUUAUCGAAUCUGGGUUAAGCUCAGGGUUUAUUUCUUUAUAAGGGAAAACUGAAAGUGGGUCGUAAAUGGAAUGUGUGGUUCAGGGAAUUAUAGAGACUCAGCAUGUCGAGGCCCUUGAGAUUCUUCUUCAGGGUCUUUGUGGGGUUCAUAAAGAACGGUUGAGGGUCCAUGAAAUUUGCCUUAAAAGUGGCCCGAACCUUGGAUUUGUUUCUUCAGAGGUUAGAUUGCUGUGUGAUCUUGAGCAGCCCGAACCAACAUGGACUGUUAAAUAUGUUGGGGGUGCAAUGAGGGGUGCUGGUGCAGAGCAGAUCUCUGUCUUGGUUCGGAGCAUGGUGGAAAGCAAAGCAAGCAAGAAUGUGCUUCGACUAUUUUAUGCACUUGGUUACAAGUUGGACCAUGAGCUGCUGAGAGUGGGAUUCACUUUCCACUUCCAAAGAGGUGCACAGAUAACUAUCACCGUCUCAUGUGUUAAUAAGAUGUUAAAGUUACAUGCAAUUGAAGAGGCUCUUCCAGUAACACCUGGUAUUCAGAUGGUUGAAGUGACGGCCCCUGCAACAUCAGAAAAUUAUACCGAGGUCGCUGCUGCUGUUUCUUCUUUCUGUGAAUAUCUUGCACCGCUCCUGCAUUUAUCAAAACCAGGUGUCUCAACUGGGGUUGUUCCUACAGCUGCUGCCGCUGCUGCAUCUCUCAUGUCUGAUGGUGGGGGCACAACCUUGUAGCCGAAACUGAACAUUAAAAGUAGUAUCCUGUGUUAGAAAUAAGAUAUAUUGAUGCUAGGAGUAGCACCUUUAGUGGCUGAGUCUGAAACCCAGAACCCUAGCUGGUAAGCAUCACUCAUUAUGGGGUGUGUGAUGAGUUGUGAAUGAAGAUUGAGCUUUGGUUCUUUUGGAAGAGAAAAACAACAAACAUGAGCUGAUGAUUCCAUUUUAGCACUAGCAAUAUACUCUAUACCAGUUUUCCUGGAAUGGUUUAUGAAUUAUGAGAUAUUUGCUAUAUCUUUUUCUAUUUUUUGAUAGGAUGGGAUGACUUAGUUGCUAUAUUCUACAUGAAUGAAUGUGCAAUUAAUCGGUUUGAAUGGCAAAAGAAAAUCACGCUUUAUUU